AUGGACAUGGAGACGACGGCGGCUGUGGGUGCUUCCACAGAGAUGCCACCGAUGGGCACUACACAUAUGCAUAUGAAAAUGAAACCGAUGUGGAUGUGGUUUCACACCGCCGUUAAUGAUGUGGUUUUGUUCGAAUCGUGGACCGUUACGACACCUGGAGAGAUGGUUUGGACUUGUUUUGUUGUAAUUGCUAUGGGUAUACUGCUGGAAUUCGUACGAUAUGCCCGAUGGCGGUUCGAGAUCGACCAAGGGAAAGAAGUCCUGCUUCUGCACACCAAGUACGCCACAUUCACUAUAAAAACAACUAAAAGGUAG